GCCUUGGGGAGGUGGGAGGCAGGUGGCCCAUCCCCCAGCUCAGGCCUCAGCCAUCUGGGCGGAUGAGGUGGGCCUGUUGCUGUGCUGGUGGGGGCUCCAGUGGACCCCUUGGGAGGGGUGCCUCAAGGCCACAUCUCCGGCCUGUUAUCAGCCCCGGAGUCCACAGGACACUCGGGUUAAUGUGUAACGUGCCUUAUGCACCGAGCCCUCCACCCCGAGUCACAGCAGAGCCGGCAUGGACGGAGGGGAGGAGGGCGCGCCCCUGAAGAGGCUCCUCAGCCAACACCCGAGGGCCGGCAGGUGGCUGAGCCCCUUCCUGCUCACCUGCUCCGUCUCUCUUCUCUGGACUCCGGAGCUCCAGCCCUCCUGGCCUGCGGCCCUGCUCAAGUGCCUGCCCGUGGUCUGCCUGGUGUUGUUCCUAGGGGCUGUGCCCACCACCUGGGUCCACACCAGUCUCCUCCAGGGCGCCCUGCUCUGCUCGGUCGUGGGGGACGCCUGCCUGGUGUGGCCUGAGACUUUCCUGCACGGCAUGGCUGCCUUUGCUGCUGCCCACCUCUUCUACCUGCGGGCCUUUGGCCUCUUUCCCCUGCGGCCCAGCCUGCUGCUGCUUGCCCUCCUGGCGGCUGCCACCUACCUCAGCCUCCUCUUGCCACACCUUGAGCCUGCCAUGGCUGGGCCUGUGGCGGCCUAUGCGCCGCUCCUGGCCGCCGUGCUGUGGCGCGGGCUGGCUCGGGGCGGGAGUACCAGCCAUGGUGUCCUGCUCUUCGCGGUGUCUGAUGCUGUGCUGGCCUGGGAUGCCUUUGUGUGGCCACUGCCCCACGGCCGCCUGGUGACCAUGACCACCUACUAUGCCGCACAGGCGCUCAUUGCCCUGUCUGUGCUCAGGAGUCCUGAGAGCCCCCGGGCCAGGGCAGCCUGAGGAGCAGGGCCCCGGGUCCCUACCCCGUGACCUCGCCUGAGACACACAAGUUUCUGGGACCUGGCAGGGUCCCUGCCCUGGCUAAUAAAGCGGGUGUGAGGACAGCAGUGUCACCCGUGUUCUGGGAGGGGCUCCCAGGAGGGCCGGUCCCCAGAGCCAGCCUGCUGCCCGUGGGACCUCCUUGGCUUCUGUGGGGUCACCAUCCAGUGAACAGACCAAGGACGUGUUUGUUUUUUGUGACAGGGCCUGACUACAUAGCCCAGACUGGCAGUACACUCAGCGGUUCUGUCUCAGCCUCCCAGGACUGGGAUGAUCGUGUGCCAUGCCCGGCAAAGGAAGACUUUUUAAUGAGUACCCCGGGAAUCAAAUUUAGGACCUUGCACUUGCCAGGCAGGUGCAGCACCACUGAAAGACAUUGUUUUAGCAGCCACAACUCACUGUAGGCACAGUGUUGGAGGGGAGACCUUGGAGGAGCUAGAUCAUGAGGGGUGCAGCAAGCAAGAGGGUAGCCGGUGUGGCACAGCUGCAUGGUCCUGGGCAGCCACUGCCACUGUCUGGGCCCCCAGAUUCUGUAUCUGGUGAGGGUGGAGUUGCUUCCGAGAUUCAGCUCUGCUUCUCCAUGGUGCUGUGCUUGUAGGGGCUCUUAUAGCAGAGGGGAGACCUCUGCCCCUAUGCUGCACCCCCAGGUACUCUUAGAGCAGCGAGGGGCCAACUAGUGGGGUUAGAAGGUGGACUGUCUGGAGGAGAUGGAAGCACAGGGAUUUUCUUGAGAAGCGCAGAAAGUAGGUGAGGAAAACCCGAAGGUUGGAUCCUCAUUCCUGAAGCCUCUGCUUCCUCCUUGUCUCCCACCCACUUUUUCUUGUUUUGUUUUGUCAUUUUGGGGGGCUGUAAUGGGGAUAGAACCCCAAAGCACUCAGCCACCUUGAGUAGAAGUGGUUGCUGUGGAACAGCAUCCACAGCCCAUUUCAUCUUUCAUUUUGAGGCAGGGUCUUGCCACGUUGUCCAGGCCGACAUGUAACUUGCUGUCCUGCCUCGGCCUCCCAGGAGAAGGGGCUGCUGAGGGAGAGGGCUGACUGCCCGGGCAGGUGCUGGACGGGCGUGCAGGGUUAGAAGAAGGGGCUGAGGACCAGGAUUCUAGGCCGUGGACCCACCCCUCCGCCCCUGCUUCUCCAGGCACUUGUGCUGUGCCCCGCCCGUCCCAGCCCAGACCCUGUCAGCA